AUGAAAAUAUUUAUUUUAUAUUUUUUUGUUUUAUUAACAAAUUUAUGGGGAAUAUUAUUUACAAAUGCUUGUAGUUGUGCAAGAAUGUCGGUAGAAGAGAAAUAUUGUAAUGCUGGUUGGGUUGCUCAUGUAAAAUCACUCAGACGUGCAGAAGUACGAGAUAAAGAUGGGGCUAGUGAAUAUGAAUACACUGUUAAACUUUUAAAAACUUUUAAGGACAGCAAAACUUGUAAUCAAAAUAAUAAAAUUGAUUGUGUUUAUUCUAAAACAAAUAGUGCUGCUUGUGGAGUUAAUCUAAAAGAUGGACAAGAAUAUUUGCUUUUUGGUAAAAUUGGGAAUAAUUAA